CGUAACCUACAAGCAACAGAGAACUUUUAAUCGCUGCUCUCUAAAGAAAUCAUUCCAGUACUUGCUCAGGAAAAGAGGAGGAGGAGCUGCCUUACUGGAGUUCAAUGAAAAUGAGCAGCUAAAGGGAACAUCUUCUGUAGUCAGUUGUGUGCAACCACAAGGCAACAUCUCUCACGUUCUACCUUCUACUCUCAACAUGUGGACUACAAAAUGUGCCGUAAUCUUUCUACUGAUCACACUUGCAGAAGGCAGAGGAAAGAAACGCAAUCCAUUGCAUGACUAUAAGAAGACUGCUGAAACAACAUUAACUAGACUUAACAAAGCACUGGAAGUGAAAACAAAAAUUUUCAACACGACUGAAAACUGUGCUAAAAGAUGUAGCCGGAAUAAAGGACUUCCGUUUACUUGCAAGGCUUUUGCUUUUGACAAAAACAUAAAGAGAUGCCAUUGGUUCUCAUUCAACACUAUGUCAGCAGGAAUAAAGGAUAAAUAUGACAUUUCAUUUGAUCUUUACGAAAAGAAAGAUUAUAUCAGAGACUGUAUUCACGGAAAAGGGAGUAAUUACAGAGGGACCAGGAAUGUAACUAAGAGAGGACUUGCAUGCCAGCCGUGGAAUUCAAUGAUACCCCAUGAGCAUAGCUUUUUGCCUUCGACCUACCGUGGAAAAGAUCUCAAGGAGAACUAUUGCCGAAACCCUAAAGGAGAAGAAGGAGGACCUUGGUGUUUCACAAAAAGUCCAGAGGUUCGACAUGAUGUCUGCGACAUCCCAUUUUGUUCAGAAGUAUACUGUGUAACAUGUAAUGGAGAGCACUAUAGAGGUCCAAUGGAUUACACAGAAUCAGGAAAAGAAUGUCAGCGCUGGGACUUACAAAGGCCCCAUAAGCACAAGUUUCGUCCAGAAAGAUAUCCUAACAAGGGCUUGAAUGAUAAUUACUGUCGCAACCCUGAUGGCAAGUCCAGACCUUGGUGUUACACUCUUGACCCCGACACCCCCUGGGAAUUCUGUGCAAUUAAACCCUGUGUACACAGCAUUGUCAACAAUACAGAUAUUACAAAAGACUGCAUGAAAGGCCAAGGUGAGGGAUAUCGUGGAAGUGUCAGCACAACAUACAAUGGGAUUCAGUGUCAGAGGUGGGAUUCCCAGUUUCCGCACCAACACAAUUUUACUCCAGAGAACUACAAGUGCAAGGAUCUGAGUGAAAAUUAUUGCAGGAAUCCAGAUGGUUCAGAGUCACCAUGGUGUUUUACUACAGACCCAAAUAUUCGUAUUGGACACUGCUCGCAAAUACCAAAGUGUCAAGCCUCUAAUCAGCAAGAGUGUUACUAUGGGAAUGGAAGCACCUACAAGGGGACUUUAUCGAGAACACGAUUUAGACUUCCCUGUUCAAUGUGGGAAAAGAAUUUGCAAGAUCUAAAAAGACAUACAUUCAAUGAACCCGAUGUAUCCAUACUGGAGAAGAAUUACUGCAGAAAUCCAGAUAAUGACGCCCAUGGACCAUGGUGUUACACAGACGAUCCUUUUGUACCAUGGGACUAUUGUCCUAUAUCAAGAUGUGAAGGAGACACAACUAAAAUAAUGGCAAACAUUGACAGUCCAAUCACCUGUUCAUCGUCCAAACAGUUAAGGGUUGUGAAUGGCAUUCCGGCACAGACAAGAAAAGUUUGGAUGGUCAGUGUGAGAUACAGGAAUGCUCAUAAGUGUGGAGGGACACUAAUAAAAGAAAACUGGGUUUUAACAGCAAGACAAUGCUUUCUUUCCGGAGCUAUUGACCUAAAAGAUUAUGAAGCAUGGCUUGGAGUACACAAUAUCUAUAGCACUUCAGAGAAACACAAACAAAUUCUCAAUAUAUCCCAACUGGUACAUGGGCCGAAAGGAUCAAACCUUGUUCUCCUAAAACUUUCAAGACCUGCUACUCUGAAUGCCUAUGUAGACAGAAUAAAACUGCCGAAUUAUGGAUGCACCAUUCCAGAAAAAACUAUGUGUUCAGUAUAUGGAUGGGGACACACUGGAACGAAUGAUUAUGACGGCCAGCUCCAGGAAGGUACUCUGCAUAUUGUUGGAAAUGAAAAAUGUAACGAAAAUCACAAGGGAAAAAUCACGGUUAAUGAAUCUGAAAUAUGCGCCAUGAGUGAAACUGCCAACAUAGGGCCGUGUGAGCGUGAUUAUGGUGGACCACUCAUCUGUGAAGAAAACAGGACACAUUUGGUUCAAGGAGUUAUUAUCCCUGGACGUGGUUGUGCCAUCCAAAAGCGCCCAGUCAUUUUUGUCAGGGUGGCUUAUUAUGCAAAGUGGAUACACAAAAUAAUGUUAACGUAUAAGGCUCCAUAAAAACAAGAACUUGAGUAUACCUAUUAUUAUUAUCAUAGUAAUGAUGCCUAAAACUUACUUGAUGGUCAAGUUUUACUGUUUCCUAUUGUUUUUUUAAAAUGUAUAGACACAUCGUCUAAGUAUUACGUUUAUGUGAGAUGAACUGUAAAUGUAAGGUGACAUUUCCUGAGUAUACUUGAAUAACUUUUUGGAUGUUAAAAGGGGGGGGGGGAGUAAAGCAUUUACUUGGGUUUCUUUAUGCUGCUCCAGUGGUUCAUAUACUCCAGUGAACCUAAUGUUUAACACUGAAUAUAUUUGAAUUUUUCCAAUAAUUAAACAAAUACAUAAAAUAAAGGAGGCAAUUAUCAAUGUAACUUCAAUUCAUUACGCUGUUCCCUUUGCUAUUUUAAAAGUAAAUGUAAACCUGAAAAAUUGUAGAGUAAUCCACACAACAGAAGGUAGAAAAGUCACCCAUUUAAGAAUGUCUUUGAUUAGGGACAUUCUGUCGUACAGGUAUGGGAUCCAGAAAGCUCCAAAUUACAGGAAGGCCAUCUCCCAUACAGCAAAUUGUUUCUGAAAAGAAUUUUCUUUUCCUCUGUAAGAAUAAAACAGUGCCUUGUACUUGAUGGUAACAAAGCUGCAUAGAUCCAUAGUGGUGGCAAAACAAUCCUUUUUUAUUGUGUAAAUGAUUCGUAGCUGGAUGAAAAGAUCCCUUGUCCGUAAAUCCCAAUGUCCCAAGCAGAUCCUGUACCUGUAUGCACAAGUCACCUUCAAGUGGUUUUAAAGGGAACAAGUCUGAAAAGGACAUUGUCAAAAACUUAGGCCCACUAACUACAAAUAUAAAAUAGCUAUACAUAUAGUUAUUAUUAUCCACCACCUACAAAUAAAACAUCUGUUGGCAGUAAUAGUUCCAUUUAGUAUAAGAAAGGUUUUCAUACUGUAUUUUUUGUUGAAAGCCAUCAAUAACAUGUUAUCUGUUCAUAAUGACCUACUGCAACUACUAAUGCCACUGUAUUAUAAUUAGCUUUAGCUUCUCUCUGCCAUGCAAAUUGUUAUCACUUAUAAUUUUGUACAAAAUUGAAUUGAGUGCCAAACCUGUACUGCUAAUAACUGCCAGAAGAGCUGCUGUGCACUCAGUUGUAUUUUGAAAUGAUGCAUGUUGACAGAAUUUUAGUAUCUUUUUUUAAAAAAUUUGACUUACUUCGCUUAGUUAAAACAAAAUGCUAUUCAGGACAACAACUUGCUUAAUUAUAUAAAGCAAAGUGCUUGCUUUAAAUGUAUAAAUUAUUGGCUUAUAACUGUUACAGUUUAUUCAACAGAACCAAAUUUUGAGGGGAAAACUCUACAUGCAGUAUUUGAGUUUCUAAAACAUGAAUGUGAAGAAUUUUGCCAUGAUUUGAAGUUUAUUUUACCACUGAAAUGUCAGUAUUAUAAUGUAAAAAGAAAUGUAUUGUAAAUAAAUAUUUAAUAAGAGGUUAUCUUGCUGUGCGAGAGAUAGUUGCUUGGUACUCAGUGAAAACUAUGUAUAUUUGUUGUCAGUCUUUCCGGGCAGUGCCUCAAAGAUUUUUUUUUUUUAAGAUAAAAUGAUUGUAUGAAAGCCAAAAUAAAGGGCAACAUUAAAAAAAAUAUAUGCAUAAAGACACUUCUCGGAUUCCUUGCCUUUGGUUGCAGAAUCGCAUGCAAACAUUUCUGAGUUCAUUUACAUGAAACAUUUUUUUUUAAUGUUGCAACUUUUUGCCAUUUUUUUAAAUGGUUGGUAUAUCCAUAUUAAACCCAUUGUUGUAGUCCAAUCAUGACCAUUUUUAAUAUAUGCAUAGGCACUGUGGCAAAUGACAGUGGGAGGUUAAGUUCAUGACUCACUCAUUAAUCUUAUUAGAUAUAAUACAGAUCGUUGUGAUAAAACUUCCCUAUACUAUUAUUAGUGAUAUUGAUUAAAAAGUGCCAGUUAACCUCUAUAAAUAGUUUGUGCCAAGGCUGUAGGUCAGAUAUGAAAACUAUAUUACCUGCAGUGAUGCAGUAAAAGCAAACUUUUAAAAUACUUUAAAGGCUUGACAUCUAGAGCAGUGGCUCAUGGGCCUUUUUGCGUAUCAAUCUUCUCAGGGAGAACAAAGGCAAUCAAAAUCAUCUUCUCUUCUAGAAGCCCAUAACCAUUCCAUAUGGUAUCUGCCAGUUUUGCUGGAAUGGUGAAGAAUUGCAGAAAGUUGCAAUCUCCAUUUAUGAACAGAAGUGUCUUCUCUAGACAUCUUAUAUGCUACUUAAAGUAAUAUAAAUACUACGAGAAGAUGCAAGGACAGUGUUACAGUACAAAUAAAAGUAUAGCCCUUUUUUCAGUUGGUCCCUUAAAUAAUUUCUUGGAGCUCUCAUAUAUUGUUGAAUUUGGGGUGAUCAGAUUUUGCUGCAAUGCAGUAUACGAUUGCCACAGUGUAAUACCAGUACCAAGCAAUGCAACCUAACUUUGUAAUCAGAAAGAGGCCAUUAUGUUCAACAGGAAGUUUUAUACCAUGUAAAUGCUGUAAAAAUAUUCUAUUGCCAUUUAUUAAUAUUUGUAUUUUUGUAAUUCUGUUUACUCUCAUAUUAAUAAACUAUUUUAUAGAAA